AUGAGCUUUUCCGGAAUGCUCAACCGGCUUCACGGCCAGCCCGAAAGCUAUGAUAAGAAGUCCAAAUACAAGUUCGGUCGAACCCUCGGCGCCGGCACAUAUGGCAUUGUCCGCGAGGCCGAUUCGCCUGGCGGCAAGGUCGCCGUCAAAAUCAUCUUGAAGAAGAAUGUGAAGGGAAACGAGACCAUGGUAUACGACGAGCUCGACCUCCUCCAGCGUCUUAACCACCCGCACAUCGUCAAAUUUGUUGAUUGGUUCGAAUCGAGAGACAAGUACUACAUCGUCACCCAACUAGCGACCGGAGGCGAGCUCUUCGAUCGCAUUUGCGAGCAAGGAAAAUUCACAGAAAAGGAUGCGUCGCAAACUAUUAAGCAGAUCCUUGACGCCGUCAAUUACCUUCACCUGAACAAUGUCGUCCAUCGAGAUCUCAAACCUGAAAACCUCCUCUACCUUACAAGGGCUCCCGACUCUGACUUGGUACUUGCCGAUUUCGGUAUCGCCAAGAUGUUGGAUCGCAAGGACGAGGUCCUCACCACGAUGGCGGGGUCUUUCGGCUACGCGGCACCCGAGGUCAUGCUUAAGCAGGGACACGGUAAGCCCGUAGAUAUGUGGUCGAUGGGCGUCAUCACCUACACUCUCCUCUGCGGCUACUCUCCUUUCCGAUCCGAGAACCUCCAGGACCUCAUCGAGGAGUGCAUGUCUUCCCAGGUCGUUUUCCACGAGCGCUACUGGAAAGAUGUCAGCCAGGAUGCCAAGGAUUUCAUCCUUACAUUACUUCAACCCUCUCCCGAGAAGCGAGCCACGAGUGAGGAAGCUCUCAGUCACCCCUGGCUGACCGGCGAGACGGCCACCGACCACAACUUGCUGCCCGAGAUCCGCUCUUACAUGGCCAAGGCCAAGCUACGACGCGGCGUCGAGAUGGUCAAGCUCGCGAACCGCAUCGCCGCACUCAAGGCCCAGGAGGAAGACCCCGAGAACUCCGACGUCCCAGACGACCCCGCUCUCGGUGGCGGCGAGCCAUCGAGCAACGCCGCGGCUGGCUCAUCAACUGGAGAGGGCAAGCGCUCUCUAUCAAAGACUAUCAAGGGUGCCAUCUUCCGCGAGGUCGUGUUGGCCAAGGUGCGUGAGAUGAAGCAGGAGGAAGAGACGCGUAAGAUCCAGGAGCAGGCGACGAAAGAUUCGCAGAACAUGUAA